AUCUGAUUGCUACAGCUGCAGGAUCGGUUUCCUAUAGCAGUGAACCGCGGAUUAGGGUGAUGUCAAAUUCCGUAGAAUAAGAUCUUAUGAUGGAUUGUGAACAAGUUUCGGAAAGCACAUAUCAUCUCCGUGUGCUGUCGACAACUACAGGCACGUAGCAUUAUUGUUCAACUCGUCCAUUCCGCUGCACUGACGCUAUCUCUCUACGCGGUGUUCGCAUGACCGUAUGCUCUAGAGCCUUUUGAGCCGGUGCUACACAGCCAGGCUCUCAUGAUGCGCUCGGGAACAGGACAGAUAUGACACGGUCCGUGCGACCUUUCAGCAUCGGAGCAAAGGACCAGCUUUGGCGCGGCAUCUGGCCAGCGGAUCAAGCACACGAACAAGACCCGAGCAUAGUCAUUCGACCUUCCCGAAGCUCCUGGUGUGCCUUGCUAUGUUUGUCACAACUUUUUUGUCUUUCAUCAUUGCAAAGUUACAGCCCAUUAUGUACACCGGUCAUUCUCGCAGCUAUUUGACUUCAACCUCCAUCCAACAAUGCGUUUCUCCUCUUCUUGUAUCAUCGCCCUCUUCGCCGCAACUCUGGCCUGCGCUGCCCCGGCAGGUACGUCGACGUCGUCUGGCUGUGUGCCAGCCGCGACGAGCGGGAUUUCAACGCUAGGGAAACGCGCCGCGUCUGAUCCUACGAUAUGGGGCAAAGCCAGCACUGAAUGUGCCCCUGGAAAUGCAGCGCACGUCAAGAUUUCGGACGUUGGGGGAUUUUGAAAGACGCGAGACAUACACUGCGGAGGAAGCGGACCCGCUGGUCGAUACGAUUCGGGUUAUAUCACGCAGUUGACGUACAGUGUUGGACAUGGCGGUUUUACAUGGGCAAGGCUGCGGUCAGCGUCUUCGGCGAUUUGAGUGAUAUUAUUAGCGAAGUAAUAUGGCAAUGCAUU